AAAAGAAUUUUUUUUUUCAAUCGUAACGAAAAGUGUAUCUCUUUUUUGGUUAGCACGUGUCUUCCUACGAUUGUGAUCCUUUGUAAACAAAGACAGGAUAAAUGUUUAUAUAAUUUAUAUAUCUGCAAAAAUGAAGCAAUUGUCGGAAGAGAGAACAAAGCUUGUAUUCGAGAAGUUGACAAAGUAUAUGGGUUCCAAUGUAAAAAAUUUGAUAGAUCGACCAGACGGCGUGUAUUGUUUCCGAGAGAAUAAAGACAGAGUAUAUUAUGUGUCAGAAAAGAUUUUAUCUUUAGCAAGUACCGUGGGAUCAGAUCAUUUGUUGAGCGUAGGUACUUGUUUUGGUAAAUUCACAAAAUCAGGAAAGUUUAGGCUGCACGUCACUGCGUUGCAUUAUUUAGCGCCAUAUGCACAACAUAAAAUUUGGGUGAAAUCCUCGGCAGAACAACAAUUUUUAUAUGGACAUCACAUUAUGAAAUCAGGUCUUGCUCGUAUAACAGAAGGCACUUCUCAAUAUCAAGGUGUCGUUGUAUUUUCCAUGAGUGAUGUGCCAUUGGGAUUUGGAGUUGCUGCAAAAAGUACAGCUGACUGCAAACAUGCAGAUCCUAUGGCAACAAUUUGCUUUCACCAAGCCGAUAUUGGAGAAUACCUUCGUUCUGAAGAUACAUUAAUAUAAUAUUGUCUUUUGAUUAAUUUACCUCAACA